CACGCCGCUCCUAGAGCGUGCUACCACAGUUAGUAACCGGAACGGAAGGCUCGCCCGCGGUCCAGCCGUUCCGGCUCCUAGCAGCUGUGAUUGUCGAAAGCUCCGGAGUCACGAGAGGCGACGGUCCCAGUCCCCUAGCUCGCUCCUCUCACCACUCCGCCCUUCGCCGUCCCGGUCGGGGGCGGGGCUAGAAGCCGCGCAAGCGCCGUGAUGUACGCUCGGGCUGUCGCCGUGGGAAGUGCUCUUCGCUUCCACAGCCGUUUUCAGGUCCCCUUACGGGUUACCAGAGCCGGCUAGCGGAGCUCGGGUCUUUGCUUCCACUUCCAAGCAUUUGCGGAUUCGGACCUCCAGCCAGGGAGUUCACCCCACAGUCACGUAUGCAGGGCUGUGGCUGUCGCCUCUUCCUGCAGCGCCAGCCUCCGCUUGGCCUCGGCCUCAGGUGCUUCUGCGUGCACUGCAAUUGGGUGUAAAAGACCCCCUAACGGCGGUUUUAGACGUUGGCCUGCUGGAGAAGAUGCACUUUCUGUACUUCUCUAAGGAUUUCCUCUGAUUUACCCUGAAGCAUAUGUGAAAAUGAUGUGCACUGCCAAGAAAUGUGGAAUUAGGUUCCAGCCUCCAGCUAUUAUCUUAAUCUAUGAUAAUGAAGUGAAGGAGAAAAGUCGCCUGCGCAUCAUGCCCGUCCGAAACUUUUCAAAGUUUUCAGAUUGCAACAGAGCUGCCGAACAGUUAAAGAAUAAUCCACGACAUAAGAGUUACCUGGAACAGGUACCUCUGAGGCAGCUAGAGAGGUUGUUCAAUUUAUUACGAGGUUACUUGCAGGGACAGAGUUUGGCAGAAACAAUGGAACAAAUUCAAGGGAAAGCAACUAUUGAUCCUGAGGAGGACCUGAAUAAACUAGAUGACAAGGAACUUGCCAAAAGGAAGAGCAUCAUGGAUGAACUUUUUGAGAAAAAUCAGAAGAAGAAGGAUGAUCCAAAUUUUGUUUAUGACAUUGAAGUUGAGUUCCCACAGGAUGAACAACUGCAGUCCUGUGGCUGGGACACAGAGUCAGCUGAUGAGUUCUGAUACCAAAAACUCAAAACUACUGGGCUAGCAAAAAAUACAUGUUUACACAAAGGAUGUAGGUUGGUUCUAGAAAAUACCUGUAAAGAACACUAAAUGUACCCUUUUGGUCAUAUUUGGAUUGACUGUGUUACUUUAAAAACCCAGGACAUGUAGAGCAUCUACUGUGUAGGUGCAUAAGGAACACAGGAAAAGCAGAAUAUAGGAAUCUGCCCUGAAGGAGCUUACAAUCUAAUUGGAAGGUAAGUCAGAAACUUGUGAAAAGCUAAUUAACAGUACUAGGCAGCAAAGAGAUGACAGCCAGAUGCUUGAUAAAGGCUAAAGAGGGUCAGAGCCUAUAUUACUGUAGGUUAAAUAGGGAAGAUUUUGUCCUUUAGUGGCAAGAUGGGACUUUGCCUGGCCCCUUGAAAUGGUAGUAUUUGGAUAGAAACUUAAAUCAAUUCCAAAUGAGAGAAACUGGGAGAAAAAAAAGGGUGGAUGGGUGAGGGUUGGUGGUAAAGAGAUAGGAAUUAGAAGAUUUUCUUUGAGGAACAGUAAGGAAAGUAUAGUGUGAUAAGAUUGGAGGACAUGUAUGGUUCCUAAGGGUUUGUCCUGUAUGCCUUAUGUCUUCAUAUGUAUUUAACUCUGUUUUAUGUGUAUUUAACUCUGGAAUGGAAGAGUUUGCUGCAGCAGCAAGUGGGUGCCCUUUGAUAGACAGCAGGGGAGUUCUGCCCCUUUGGUAUCAGGAAAUAUCUGCUGAAGACAUUCUGAAACCCUGAACCUCUUCUCAUAAAUAAGAGGUUUGUUUGUCAAUUGGGAAAUCUACCCAUAAUAAGUGAACACUAGAUACUGCCAGUAUAGGCCUAUUGAGUUUGGAUGUACAAAGGGAUCUUUAUUGACCAAGGUUAUGUGUAUACAGAUAUAUCUUUUUUAAUUAGAAUAUUAUUCAAUUUGUAGAAAUCUUAUGUUUGCUGCAAGCAAAUUAAUACUCAAAUAAAACUGUAAAAAUCAUUCACUCUUUGUGCCUGUCCAUCCCAACUCUCUUUACCAGUAAAAGCCCCCUUAAAGGAUUCAUUCUUACAGUGAUAUUACCAGGGAUUUAAGAUGGCCAUGGGUCAUAUAUAUAUAUUUGCCAAAGGUAGCAAUAGAGUUUUCAGAAUUGGAGAGUUUUCAGUAUCUACGUAGUAUUCCAUUGUGUAGAUGUAGAUGUUUUCUUCUGAGAGCUGAGUUUAGGUUGUUUUCUGCUUUUACUGUUACAAACAAUGCCACAGCAAAUAAUCUUGUACAUUCUGCUUCUCAUGUGUGAAGUCUAUAAAUAAUGCCUAGAUGGGAGUUCCUGGGAUGGGCAUAAUGAAUUUUAAUAGAUACUACUAAGUUGUCUUCCAAAGGGGUUCAUUAAUUCAUUUAUUCAUUUAGUGUAUGUACUUAAUAAGUACCUACUACAUGCUGAGCCUGUACUAUUCUAGAGGGUGGGGAUGCAGCAGUAUACACAACAAAGUCCUUGCCUUUAAAAGGUUUCCAGCUUAGUGGGAGAGGAGAGACAAUAAAGGUAAAUACAUAGACUAAUGUCAUUGAUGAAUGCUCGGAAUUAAAAGCAAGGUAAAAAGAAUGAUGGAAACGGGGAGCCACUGUUUUCAAUUGGGUGAUCAGGGAAGGCCUGAAGAGAUGACAUUUGAGCAAAGGCCUAAGGAGGUAAGAAGUUGAUGUGCAUUUCAGGGGUAGUGGAGAAAUGUAAAUACAUAGGUUCUUGGGGCUGGAGUGUGUUUGGCAUAUUUGAGGAAGAAAAAGGAUCUUUUGAGCCAUGGCUAAUUCAGUUUAAGCAAGAGAGAAAUGACAGACAUGAGGUUGGAGUGUAUUUUACCAAUGCAUAGCACUUACAAUGAAGGUCGUACCAACUUACACUAUCAGCAGUACGUGAAUACCUGUUUUCCCCCACAUGCUCAUCAACAGAGAAUGUUAGCAAAUGCAUUGAUCUUUGCCAACUUUAUCACUUAAAGUGGUAUCUCAUAGUUUGAAUUUGCAUUUCUUUUAUUAUGAGUGAGACUGUCUUAAUACAUCCAAGAUCCAUUUUUAAUGAAAUAACUUAAAUCUUUUGCUCAUUUUUCUAUUGAGUAGUUUUUUCUUACUGAUUUGUAUUAAUUUCCUUAGGACAAUAAUCUUUGGUCAAGAUAUGAGUUGUAGGUAUUUCUACUUUGUCAUUUGUUUUUUAUUUUGUUCAUGAUGUUUUUUUCUAGGCAGAUUUGUUCAAGUCUAAUUGGUUAAUAUUUUUCUCUAUGGUUCUGCAUUUUGUGUCAUAUAUAGAGAGGCAUUCAUCCAAGAUUUUUCUUUUAAUCCCAUGGUUGUUUCUAUACAGGAAUUUAUUUUGGUAUAACAUGUGAGAUACAAAUCCAGCUUUUUUCCAGAUGCUCAUUCAGGUGUCCCAACACUGUUAUCAGUUGAAUUGCCCAUUUUUUCUCAUUGAUUUGAAAUGCAUCCUUUAUCAUAUCCUACGUUUCCGUGUGUGUCCAAAUAAUUCUUUUGAUUGUUAAUGUCAUCUGCAGCACACUUCCCAGUUCAUGCUUUUUUGAUCUUUAUUGAGCAAAUCUCAUGUGUUCACUAAAUUAAGAGUUAUAGAAAGAUAGAAAAUGGAUCAUAACUUUUGCCUCUGAGAUGUUAACAUAGUUUACUGAAAGCAACAAAAUUAGUCAAAAUGAGGUAGAGGUAGGUACUGACUGAAACUAGAGCAGAUGGAGGAGAUCAUGUGAGCUGAGCAGUUGUGGGGUUUUUUUUUGUCUGGAGCUAAUUCUUCUGCUGGACUCUUUUAUAUUUUUUCAUUAAAAAAAUUAAUAUGUAUUCAAUAUUCAUCGUUUUCAAAAUGUAGGCAAAUAUGAGUGUAAAAGUGAAAUGGGAAAAUUCUCCCCUCACCUUCUCUCAUUUCCCAUGUUGCCCAGAAACUGGCUUCUCUAGAGUGCUCUGGAUCCCAUCAUCUCUUGUGACCUUACUUCAUCAAUUAUUUUCUCUCUCUCCAUUUCUGUCUUUCUCGUUUCAGCUUCAUGCCCUCCUGGCUCAUUCUCUGCAGUCUGUAAACUAGCAUAGAACCCUGCUGUCUUAAAACAGGAAAACACUUGACCUUGUCUUGUUUUUCUUUACCUAAUACUGUACCUAUGCAAAUUUUAGCUCAUUUAGUUGUUAAAUAAAUCUAACCCUCCCUACCCCAUUCAUCCACCCUUUAAGAGCAGAUCCUGCUAUACUCUGGUUCUAGAGCUGCUUGCUCAGCCUAUCAAGCUCAAUACUAUGAGAGCCACCCUGGAAGUUCAGUUUGGCCCUGAGGUAUUCUUAGUCUGUUAGAUCCCUAAAAAUCUCUGGCUCAACUGUGUUGUAUACCUGAAACCAAUAUAAUAUUGUAUAUCAACUAUCUGUCAAUUAAAAAAAAGACUCAACUACACAUCAUUUUAUACUCAGCUAUUAAUAAAAUAAGCUAAUUGAACUGUAAAUACACUUUGCCAAAACCAAUGGUUGACUAUGUUUAACUGCUAAAAACCCAAAUACAAAUUGAUAUUUAUAAUAGCCUCAGAAAAAAAAGAAAAAAUCUCUGGUUCAUUGAGGGGUAAGUUUGUUCAUAUGUGAGCCUGGAAAUGCAAAUCAGUUAGAACUUCUUACUCUACUGUACUCUUAAUCAAAGAUUGUAACCCUGGGACCCUGGGUCAGUUCAAGAAUUGACUUAAAAAUUCUUUUCUGUUUUCAGAUUAAGUGAGUAUGUAACAAGCACCCCUUGUGUCAAGUGGUCACUUUAAACAUAAUCUGAUAAGAGGUUCACCAGAUCUGUCUGCCUUGCAGUUUUGCAAUUAUUAUUCACCUGUCUAAUAUUUUGACAAGAGUGGUGGAUGAAAAUUAAGGAUAGGCCAUUGGAUUUGGCAACUGGAUCUCUCAAUAUUUACAAAUGAAGCUUGAGGGGAGUGAUUAGGAUUGAAACUGCAGGAUAUUAAAAAGGAAACAAUCUUAGGCCUAAAUGAAAAGCUAAAACUAUGGGUAAAACUAUUUAGAAGAAAAUAAAGAGAAAAUCUUUAUGACCUUGGUGUCUUAGCUUGGAAUGCUAAAACAAAAUACUGUCAAUUGGGUGGCUUAUAAAUAACAGAAAUUUAUU